AUGUCUAAAGGUGUUUCAAUCCAUAGCCUUGCCCAUAUCUUGUCUAAUAACCCAUCCUUUUUUUCAUCAAGCUUAGAAAAUCGAAUAAUCCCAUCUUAUAAUUUCCUUAGAACCUUGCUUAAAUCCGAUGAGAAGGUUUUCUUUUCUAUGAAACGCUGUCCGCGCCUUAUGGGAUACAAUCCUUGUGAUAUUUUGUCACCCAAUAUCAAUACUUUGCUGGAUAAUGGAGUUGCUAAAUGUAACAUUGCUUCAGCAAUUUGUUCAAUGCCUAUAACAUUUGUUACCAGUCCAAAUAAGUUUAAGGUUAAGGUAGAGGAAGCAAAGGAAAUGGGAUUUGAUCCGUCCAAGCGGAUGUUUAUGGUAGCACUCUAUGCGAUGAGUAUGAUAAGCAAACCGACAUUCAAGAGCAAGGUUGAAGCUUUUAAGAAUUUUGGUUGGACCGAGGAGGACGUUUCCGGAGCCUUACAUAGGUGUCCCAAGUUCAUGUUGGUGUCUGAGGAUAAAUCUAUGGUGAUGAUGGAUUUCCUUGUGAACAAAAUGGGCUUUCCGUCUAGUGUUAUUGUGAAACGUCCCCAGGUUCUGAGAGGAGCAUGA